AUGGCUCCAAAAGCCAUCAUGGCGGGCGACGAGCACCGGUUCGACUUCCCCAGCCUCAUCCUCGACCACAAGCCGCGCAGCAAGAGGACAGUAACCCUCGUCGACCUCGACGUGGACGUGUACGGCCUCGAUGAGAUCAGAAAGAGCAAGCUCCCCAUUUGCGCAGUUAUCCUCUCGCAUGGAAGAUGUCACUCUGCAAAGAUGAUGGGCACGAUGGCUUCCGGCAUUCUCGGCGAGCUGGACCGGCUGCAGGCCGAAAGCGGGCGGGAGAAGGUGCGCGACGUGAUUGUCGUUACUUUGGCGGCUCAAGCAUUGGGUGCCGAAAUGCAGGGCGAAUACUGCCUCAAGAAGGCUGGCAUUAGCUCAGGAAAACCAGUUAAUGAGCUCACCUAUACGUGGAGAUGGAAGCUCACCACUUCUCGGAGCUUUGGGAUACGGGGUCCGCAACGGCCUUGCGAUCAGCUUGCGACUUCUGGAGCAAAAGCUUACCUGUCCACUGUGCCAUGGGGAACGUUUCUUACCGGAGUAACUGCAGACCACCGCAACCACGGCGCGCGGACGCGGUUCCGUAACACGAACUUGUCCUACGACAAGAACCCGACCCAUCUGAUGGAUAUGGCGGCGACGGUGUACGCGGGCGCACAGGACCAGAAGUUCAUCAUGGACUUCCUGCCGUCGUACCUAUUCCCGCGGGGCGAGCGCACGAUCGACUCCUUCGUGCCAGCCGGCGUGAGCAUGGGCGGGCACUCUGUCUGGCGUCUGCUGCGUCAUGACCCGAGCGUCCGUUUCGGUAUUCCGAUCAUCUCGAUCCCGUCAGAGGUGCUGGGCGUCAAUCUCGAGGAGCGGGCGACGCAGUACGGCGUGUCGUCCGAGGAGCUGAUCUACCCCGACGGCGUGCGGCACUACAUGAUGGGCGUGCCGCCACCAGGCGCCUACGGGGGGAAGAAGAUCCUCGUCCUCAGCGGCGGGAAGGACGUGUCGAUGCCGAUCGAGAGGGCCGAGCCGAUUAUUGCGAAGAUUAGUGAAGAGGCAGAUGUCGAGUGGAAGGUUGAUGAAGGGGCUGGACACAAGAUCUCGCCGGACAUGGUGCGCUGGACAGCGGACGCAGUUUGGCGCUGGACCGCCAGCAAGGAGGCGCUGCCCAAGGCCAAGCUCUAA